UACACAGUCGUUGAAAGCAAGCCAGAUUAUCAAGAAAUACUUCUAAAAGUAUACAACUUUAACUUCAGAAGAUCCGAAGAUGCAGAUCAAGCGGGACACGAGAUAGAUUUUUCUAAAUGGUUUUCUUUCCAUAUAAAACCAAAUGGUCAGAUCCUAAGGGUUUAUCACCCUCCUGAGGAUGGAGAAGUUUUAGCAACAAAGAAAGGUUUGGCUGCUAUGUUAUCUGCAAAACUACAUGACAAAGAUGAAUUACAAGAAAACAACGGAGAAUGGAAGUAUCAGACAGAAGAAAUAGGAAAUGAAGGUCCACAUUCAGCAAGAUAUAUUGUGAAGGAUACAACAACGGAAACCGAGUUCAAAAAGAUUAGAAAUAGCAAAUUCAUCGAACAUUCCAAAGGGUAUUUUGAAAAGACUCUCUUCUACCAUAAGAAGCUGGGUAUUCUGCAUAAAAUUUUAAUAGAAGAUAACUUUACAGCCAUGACAGGUACUCCAGGAUUUGAUCCACACCAGAAUAUGAGAAAAGUAAAAGCUGUUGAUCAGUUUUCAGAAAUGGAAUACCCUGAAAUGACUGUUUUGAGCAAAGGAGAACUAAUUUUCUUGACGAGAGAACCUGUUGAGAAUGUUUUAGGUAGACCUGUUGAAAAUUUACUGAGCAGCAGUAUCCAUGUUGAUAAGUACCAGAGAAAGAAGCCAAACGUUGAUAUAGAUAAAAAUAAAGAGGAAAUUGAGAACAACAUCAUUUGUAUUAAGAAUGAACCAGCAGAAGGGUCUCCAAUGGUAACAGGAUGCUUUUUGGAGAUAGUAAACAUACUAGAAUUACUUCCAGAUAAGACACUAACAGAAAUUGCAGAAUUUUACCUACUAAAAUUGAACCUGAGACUGCAGGAAAACAGACAGUCAACUGUUAUCAUGUUGGAUGCAUUUGGAUCAUUGGAAACAAAUAUAAGUAGAGAGAUCAUUGCCAAAAUGAUUUUCCUCAAACCCAAUCCAGAUCCUGACCUUAUUGUUCAGUACAUGAUACAUAUUGUCAGUUCUGAUCAGCCACCACACCCAGUUAUUCUUCAAAGUAUGGAAGAUAUUUGUUUUCACACAGAAAAGUAUCCAGCAUCAUUUUAUGUUGGAAACUUAUAUGAUAGAGUUAUGUUAGCCUUAGGAGCUGCUGCAAAGAAAUUAUAUGAUAGUGGUGAAAAAAAGAAAGCAAGGAACAUAACUUCAAGAGUACAGGUUUUAUUAGGGAUGCAUGAUCCCUGGUUGUACAGACAGAAGCGAUCCACACAGUCAGAUGUAGAACAAGAAGAAUAUGAUAAGAAGCAUGUGAUUCUGUUAGAAACCCUUGGAAAUGCUGCUAUUGACCAUUCUUAUGAGUAUAUUAUUUCUCAUAUCAAUUCUACAAACUCACCAUGGAUCAAAAGAGCAGGUGUACAUGCCCUCAGGAAAUAUGACACUGAAAUGGCAGUUGAGGCAAUAUUCAAAGCAGCCAUGAAUGAUGAGAAUGAAGAAGUGAGAUAUGAAGCUAAUCUCAUCUAUCAGGCUCAUCCAAAGUCGGAGUAUAAUAGAUAUUCUAGAAUUCAAAAUCCUGCCACAAAUACAUCCACUGUAUCUGUAGAACAGAAAUUGGGACCUCACAGAAGAGAAAAAAGAAGUUUCUUUGAAGGAUUACAGUUUAAACUUCAGGCUCCAUCAGUAGACUGGAGGAAAGUUCUUGGUUCCAGUAACCUCGGAGGGUCAUUUGGAUUCAUUAUGUCAAAUUAUCUAGCUUUGAAGAUAGCUCCAUUGUCAGGAUAUGUUAAAGUUAAUGUCCAUGAUGAAGCCUAUGCCAGACUUCAUUUAGGAAUGGUUGGAGUGAAUGUGGAUAUAUUAUUAGCAAGAAUCUGUUUCAAGGGAGAAACAUCAUAUAAUCUCAAUAUUCUACAGGAAGGUGAUUUUAAAUUUCUGUCCAAACUGGCAACAAGAUUUGAUGAAGUAAUACCAUCAAUUCUAGGAGGUGUCAAUGCAGGAAUAAGAAUGAUUAAAGAUUUGAUAGAAGGAAAAAUAAAUUUGAAUGAUCUGGUAUUAGCGUUUGUUGACUCAUUAAUGCAGCUUCCUAAAAAGGUAGCAGAUUUAAGAAGUGUUUCCAUAAAAGCAAUGAAAAGACUUGGUGAAUAUGAUCCUAAAGAAAUGCCAUCUUUUUUAAAACCUGUAAAAAAUUUGGUAGCCAGAGUGGAGAAAUUUCUCAAUAACUUGAAAACUGAUGUUCGUGUAUUUUUUAGUCAACUAUAUGAAACAGUCACCAUAACAAUUCCUGAAAAUGCUAGAAUUAUUUUCAAGUCUUUAAAGGAAAUUGUUGAAGGACUCAGUACAAUCAUCAAAGAUCCUGUGUCGUCUAUAGCAAAAGUAGGAAAGGGAGCAGUACAAAUUUUUAUGUCAGUUAAGAGACUUUUAGAAGCCAAAAAUAAAACACAAGAAGCUCUUUCAAGUCUUAAAGAUUCUAAGCUAUACUGGUUGGAACUGACUGAAAUACAAGAAAUUGUUGAUCUCUCAGUAGUAGUGAUGAAUUCUGUUACAGCUAAAAGUAAAAGUUGGAUUGAAGAAAAUAUUAAGGAGGCAGAAGAUAAUGUUAAACAAUUUACUAAAGGAAAGAUGUCUAUGCGUGAUGUAAGACAUAGUAUUAUAAAUGAUAUGAAGACCAUGGUGGAUGAACUGAUGUCCUCCUUACAAGGACUUACUGGUUUUGCUAAUCCUUUCUUAAACAAGUAUCAGGAGUUCUUCUCCUUGGUCAAAUCUGUGAAGGAAGCAUAUGCAAUUUUGAAGGAAGGUUAUGAAAAAGCAGUGUCCACAAUUGCUUCUAUCUUUGGUCCAGGAGCACACCCAAGUUUCCCUAAUAUCACACGUUUAAAAGGAUCUGGAUGCAACUAUGAUGGUUUUUAUCCUGCUGGUAGUGAGGGAGGAGUUGACCUAGAAAUUGAACCUGAUAAAACAGUUGUCGCACCAUUUCCAGGAUUAGUAAUGUUAUCUGAUAAUGAUAAUGAAGUAGUAAUUGAAACGUCGGGAGGUUUUCUGAGAAAUAUAGAGAUAACAAUAAGGAAUAUACAACCAAACAGUAAUAUUUUACAUCCUUCAGAUGAACUAUUUAUUGAACAGCAGGUUGCAGCAGGAGAACCUAUUGGAAAAGCAACUCAAUCAUCUUGUGAUAACCAUAUUAAGGAUGUUACGAUUGGAGCAGGCUCAGUUAUAGGUGCACUUGGGAAGCUCCUUAAAGACACUAGUCCUAGUUUGGAAAAUGAAAAUGCAGAAACUGAGGACAUGCCAGAAUUAAGUGGUGAUUCUCCAGGCACAGAUGUUGAAAAAAUCAAGGAAAACAGUAAUAGCAUGUUUGGAAAGCUAAAAACAUUUACCAGUGGAAGUGGAGGAGAAUCAGAUGAAACUGAUUUGUCCAGUGGAUUUGAUUGGUCUGGUGGUAAUGGUGUAUCAGAAGGAAGUUCAGGGUCUGGUGGAUUCAAUAUUAAAGAUGCAUUUAGUGUUUUGCUGAAGAAGGCAAACAGUUUCCUCAAGAAGUUCUCCCUGAAGAAAAUAAGAAUGGGAACAAUUAUUGAUUUUCUUGACAAACUUGGAAUGGAUGAGUCGAAGGAACAGAUGGCAGGAGUAAUAAAAACAAUUAAGAGGUUAAUAGACAAUAAGCCUUGUUUCAACCCCCGGCAAGCCACUGAUGAUGAAUUAGAUGAGGAAUUAUUAGAACGAGGUCAGAAGACUGGUGGAAGUAGAGAUCAGAUGAUUAAAAGACUUCUUACAAAUAGCAAUCAAUGUCCUCUACUGUCAGCUUUGCUUCCAUCAGAUUUGUAUUGUACUUUUGAUUCUAUGUGUAUGGGUGUGGAAUGCUGUGUAAACGUGAAAGUACUGGUUUUUCUUCGCACUGUAAAGGUAUUUGCUAGACUUGAUCCAGACAAGAUGGACUUCCAUUUUGGAGUUGAUGAGUAUAAAGGAACUGUUUCUUUUGGAAGUGGAUCAUUGACUGAUGGAAUAGAAAAAGACAUUGAUACGGGAAUAGAAAUUUCAGUUGCUGGUGGAAUUAGAGUUAUUCUGAGUGUUAAAAUCAGAUUAGUGGAAAAAGUAUUUAUUGUAACUGCUGGGUUAGGAUUUUGUAAUGUAGACGAUUGGAGUAACUGCUUGAUUAAUAUUGAAUUCCUCAAAGAUGCCAGAAUACCUUUUCCGUCCAUAGAUGCUAAUGGAAAAUUGGUUUGGCCUAAAGUUGAUGUAAGAGAGGUAUUCAAUACAACAAAAAUGAUAGAGGAUUUCAAGAAAAAAGCUAAAGCAGUGUUGAAAAAAACUUUGGAAGACAUCAAAGACAAGUUAAUUGAAAUUUUGGGAAUAAAAGAGAUAAUUGGUUAUUUGACUACCACCAAACCUUGCUCCAGACCAAAUAAUCUGACAUAUACACAAAUAACAAAGGAACUGAAGGCAAGGGGGCUUAAUUUAACAGGAACGAGAGAAGAAAAAGUUCAACGCAUCUUACAGGAUGAUAGAUCCUGUCAACUGAAUGGAAAAACUUGGAUGUUGCCAGAAAUUACCAGCAGUACAUUACAAGAGCAUAUGUACUACACUGUGUCUCCCGACUGUCAGCGUAUUGAUGCUUGUGUUGACUUUACUAUUGAGGUUUUCAAAACCGUGAUAACAAAGGCUUUUAAUGCCUUUGUUGAAAUAGAUUUUUGCAGCUUUGUGUUGAAAUAUGGUUUUGAAGGAAUGAAUGAUUCAAUAAUACUCAUAGAUUAUAAUUGGGGUCAGGUUGAAAGAUAUCCAGUGACAGAUAAUAUUCAUAUUUUGGUCAAAGUAGAUAAAGAUGAUGAGAAGAAAGUCUUUAAAGUAGAUUUUGGAAUGAAGCUGUGCAUAGGAGGAAGCUGUAUAUUUGAUGAUACAAUGUUUGUGCAGAAUAUGGAGAUUCCAAUCCCAAUAUGUAAUGACAAUUUUACAUGGCCAGGAGUAGAAAAUCAGCUGCCAAUUGGAAUAGGUGACAUUGCUCCUAUUAUAAUAAGAUACAAAGUUGACAAAUUGGAAGAAGGAAAAGGAUUUGUAAUAGAUCUGAAGAUAGAUAUAUGUCUUCCAAUGGAUGCUGAAGUGUAUUGCUUCCCAGAUAAUGGUCUUCAGGUUUUAAAUCAGCAUGAAAUUCCAAUUUGUUCCAGAAAUUUCACCGGUUUGAUUCCAGAUUUCAAUCCUAAGGAAUGGUUAGAAGAUGUAGACAUUGAUUUCACACAAGGUUUAAAAGAUGCUGCAGUAAAUUUUAUCCUUGAACAGCUACAACUCUCAGAUUUCUUUAGUGGUCCUAAAUGUGAUGUUGAAAGAGCCCCUUACAGACCAAGUGUUCAGGGAUGGAAUAAUCAAUGUCCCCUGAGUAUGUUUAAUCGUCCAGAUUUGGGAGACCAAAUAGCAUGCCACAUUACAGAAUCCUGCACUGGAAUUGAUUGCUGUGCCAAUAUUCCUUUCUUUGGACUGACAGUUAGGCCAUUCUUUGUGUUGGAUCCUUGUGACUACAAGAUAUCAUAUGGAAUCAAUACACAAAAUGUGACGAAGUCACUGUUUGACUAUGAAUGGGGUAUGUGGUUACAGAUAAUGUUUAGUAAAUUCUCUUGA